AUGAAUAAUCCAUUCCUGCCGGAUCAGAUGCCUCAAGGCGGUCCAAACCAGCAGCAGCCUCCUGCGAUCACUAACCUUCAAGGCUACCUCCAGUCCCAGCAACAGUCCCAGCAAUAUACCACUCAAAUGGGGCCGAUUCAGGGGCCACUCAUCAGCACUCGGCCAAUUCCCAACAACAACCUGUUUCCCCUGCCUCCUCGACCUCCAUUAGAUUCAAGCAUCUCUUCAUAUCGCGUACUCGUCGUUCUGGCUUUCCCCACGCCGUCCGCUGGCGCGACGAUCCGUGGGUCUGGCCCCUUGAGUCUCCAGUACCCUGGCUACUUUCACUGGAUCAACUUGCCACAACAGCCCGGAGCAGUCUUACACAGCCAUGCUGCUUGGGCAAGUUGCCCAAAGGUCAUCAUUCUCAUGGCCGAAGAUGAUUUCCAAAAUUUCAGAUAUUUCUGCAGGGGACUUGCAAACUCUGAGCCAGUUCCCUGGAGUCUCGAGCCGCAAAUCAUCAAGCAUCUGCGUGUUCAUGGACAUAGCGAAGGCGAUCUGGUCGAUCGUUUCUCGCAGCUUUGCUUUUUCGGCAUGGACAAAGAGUUGACCGCGGCAGAAUAUCUUUGGUGGCCGGGAGAGCUGGCGGGGGCCACGAGCCAGGGCUUUCGCUGGACCAUGAUGCCAGCCAACAACCAAAGAAACGGGAUCGGCCAGGACUACAGCGCCUGUAGAGAGUUCAGGUUGAACAAGGAUCAGAUACUUACCUGCAGGCGGAACAUAAGGGAAGGUCAAGGAUCCCACGCCGUGCAGCACUACGAUAAAUCUUGGGGAGCUGGCAUGAACCAGGAUGAGUCCCCGUCGCCCAUGGAUUUAUUCCUCACGUCCAUGGAUGACGUCCCCUUGCCUGCACAGUAUGAACCUCAUAGCAAUGCUUCGACUCCGAUGACUUUGGUCAACGACUUCAGCACCGAUUCUACCGUAUCACCGGCAGGUGAGGAGUACGUUGCAGAAUCUCAAGGCUACUUCAAAUCAGACGAGCAGCUUUUGCAAACCCCCAUGCAUAGCGAACCCUAUCCGAAUAGCGGGCUUCAGAUGGGCUCGAUGUGGGACCAACUCUCGAUGCCGCCCACGGGCAAUCCACAAGAAUCGCAGUAUACUAUCGAUCCACGAUUGCUGCAGAUAUGCGACGAACCAGCUUCGAAUGACGAGGAUGUUUUUUCGUUUCCUUGCGCUGCUUUGUAG